GAUUACCAACUUCUGAACAUAGGCCAAAAUUGACCCUUAGUGUACCUUCUCCAUGGUAUAAAAUUCGUGAUAACGAUUUGCUAGAAUAUGUAAGAAUGAAUUAAACAGUUUAGAAAUAUAGAUUUGUCAAUUCAUUAACUCGGAUUUUAAUUCGUUAAAAGGAAUUUUAACACAGUUUGUUAAAACGAGUAAUUAAUAAAAAGUAGUUGGAGGAAGAUGUCGCAAAAUCAGGCUCCUGAUGUUACCUCUGGUACAUUCAGGGGUCCGCUUAUGCCAAACUCUUAAUUUCGUAUUCCUUAUAUGAGUUAUGAGAUUGCUAACUGCUUGUUAUCUUAACCUUUUCAUCAGCAGAGAUUUUUUUUUUUUUUUAGAAAUUUGUUGUAACGAAUUAGGCAAUUGGAUAUAACAAAGAACUAAAGCCAAAAUUGCAUGAUUUGGCCCUGUCAAUCCUUGAAAAUCAAACUUUUUAAUUAUGAAAUAAAACUUGGGCAAUACGUUGAUAAGACAUCAUACUAUCGAUAGCCAUAUCAAGUUUUGUGCAGGAAAUAGCUCGAGCGUAAUUAUAUGCAUUGAAACCGGAUGCGGUAUGGCAAAUAUACCCAUUUUUAACAGAAUUUCUAGACUUUAUUUAACAAAUUUUUAUGGGCGCCAUCCUUAAACCACGCUGACAUUUUUCAUAAAGUUAUAUGACUACCUUAGGAAUAUCAUGUAUCAGUUGUGUGCUGGUUCACGAGUGGCGCCAUGUUAUAUUUCAUGUUUAUUUAUAUUAUAAAACUUGUAUUGUAGCUUUCCGGAUUUACGUUUUAAAUGGUGGAAUAUGUAAUAAAGUUUAAAAUUAUGAUUGAAUUUUGUUAUAUUUGAAAUGAAACAGGAUUUGGAAUCACUAUCAUUAUGAAUUUUCGAAUUUGCCUUGAGUUCCGAUGAACGGAAAUGGGGAAUUCCCAGUGAUAAAAAUAGAUCUCCAUGUAAACAAAAGCGUUCGGAUGUCAAACAGAAGGAAAACGAUUAUGAAGAACAAGCAGGGAAAUUUUGAGACUAUGUAAUGAUAAUGCAACCAUGCCUGGAGAAAAAACUGAGUACUUUAACUGUGUGCUGUGUUCAAAAAGGACUAAACCAAAGGAGAGAAGGCGCGUUGACAAAAACAUUAGGAAAUACUUAAGGAAAAGAUUUCUAUUGGAGAGUAAAGGAAAUUCAGUCAUCUGCGGUAAAUGUAGAAAUAUAUACUACAGAGAUGUGUCAAACCAUACAUCGUCUGCAACACCUACAUGUUGUUCAACUAUCCAGAAGGAAUCGCUAGCGCCUUCGUCCACUACUGACAACAGGAAACAUCUAUCAAGUCCUCCAUCAGUGACAUUGGAUCUGAAAUCUACAGCAAAGACCCAUGCAUAUUGUAUUCUUUGCAAAAAACCAGGACCUAAAUUAGUAGUGGUGUCUCCAGAAUGUCGCACAGCUGUCUUCGUUGAGCACAACAUACUUAUUCCAUCUGGAAAUAGAUGCUGUCCAGUCCAUCUGAAAGAUGGUCGUUUCACAAAUGAUGCCAUUCAUCAGUUACCAACUACAGAACAGGCAUUUAUCAACAGAACUACCAUUUUAAGUCUGCUGCAACAGAUGCGUUUUUUAUGCCAUCGAAAUGAAAAAUCCCACCUGGACUUUGAUGAUUUACAGACACUGACAGAUGCUGACUAUAUGGCUCUACUAGGUCUCAAUAAGGAUAAUUUUCAAACUGUAUGUGAUUCUUUGAAACAUCAAGUGAAACAAACUCCAUCCAGAAGUCUUAGAAAAUCCGUAGCCAUAUUCCUGUGCAAAUUAAAGACUGGACUAUCUAAUCAGAUUUUAUCCAUAUUAUUUCGUACUUCAAAGUCCAGCUUAAGAAGAGCAGCUGCUUCUGUAAGAAAAGCAAUGUUGACCAGUUUUGUUCCACAGAGUCUUGGGUUUGCGCACAUAACAAGAGAGGAAGUCAUUAAUGGUCACACUCGUCAGCUAGCUCAAACUCUGUUCGGGAACAUAGAGAAAAACCAGGCUAUAUUGGUGCUCGAUGGCACAUAUAUCUACACAGCCAAGAGCAACAAUUUUCAUUACCAAAGGCGCUCUUACAGCAUGCAUAAGGGAAGACCACUAGUCAAACCAAUGGUGAUUGUGACAACCACUGGAUACUUUGUAUCUAUAUUGGGCCCAUACCUAGCUGACAGUAAAAAUAAUGAUGCUUCAAUUCUCCAUCACAUCAUUAAAACAAAUGCAGAGAAUAUCCGGAGCUGGGUCAGUGAAGACGAUAUUUUCAUCGUGGACCGAGGGUUCAGGGACGCUUUGCCUCUGCUUGCAGAUCUUGGAAUCCAGGCAGAAAUGCCCUGUUUUUUGGAAAAGGGGCAACGACAGAUGAGCACUGGCGAUGCCAAUAUCAGCAGACUUGUUACAAAGGUCCGAUGGGUGGUGGAAUCUUCAAAUGCGAGAAUCAAGCGUUGGAGAUACCUGGAUAAGACUCUACCAACAAAUCAGAUCCCAUUUAUCGGAGAUUACGUGAAAAUUGUAUGUGCGCUGUCUAACAGAUUUUCACCGCCCCUGAACAAAAGCACCAAGGAAGAUGAGGCCGAGGCAGUAAAAAUGCUAUAUUUGUCUAAACAGGUUAAUAAUCUCAAGCAAACGGUUGAAGAAAAUUGUCUGAACCGAAGAUCUAUUCAGUGGCAGGCGGUUCAUGAGUGUGAUAUUCAGAACUUCCCUACGCUUGAUGAGGAACAGUUGCGGAAUUUGACGUGUGGGACCUAUCAGCUAAAGCUUUCUCGCAGUUACAUUCAAGAACAUAUUGAGGGGGAAUGCGAUAUAUUUUUUCAUAAGGAUAAUGAAAGACUGCUAAAAGUGAAAAUUCAGAGUCGUCACACAUCAUCAAAACAAUACUUCGUCUGGAUUGAAUAUUCGGAAUGUACUGUCAACGCAUGGUACUGUACAUGUAGAGCUGGUGCAAGAGUUGUAGGCAUGUGUUCACAUAUAGCGGCCAUUAUUUGGUACCUAGCAAAAGGAAGGCAUGAGGGAAAGAAAUACGGUGUUCGUGAUUGGGGCGAGCAUGUCCUGGAUGCAGCAGAUAUCCCUCCUACCAUUGAUGACUCCGACAGUGAUGUCAGUAGCUGCGAAAGUGUUCCGGAAGAAUAAACAGUUAUGUUUGUGUAGUUACUGUUGAAUACAACCCUAAAUAUUUUAUGUUUUAAAUCUUGUUUAUUUCUUUUUAAUAAUUAUUUCUGUAUCCAAUGACAAAAUUAGUCAAUAUUUCUUCUCAGGUAAAGAAACAACAUUUCGGCAAGCAUUCUUACAUUUCAAUAAAAAUCGGAACCAUUGUUAUUGAAAUCCGACUGUAUCAUCAUUGUCUUUUACUAUCUUGUUGUACAGUACCUUAAUUUUUAUGGUUUCAAUUCUUUGUAUACGUGUGUACAUGAUAUUAAGAUUUGUUGUAAUAUAUCCUUCUUUAAACUAUAUAUAUACAUACAUCAGUAAUAUGAUUAUGUCAAUAUUCAAUGUUUAAUUAUCCAAGUUGUGAAUUCAUUUCUCUGAGAAAUAUUUCAAUUUUUAAAAAACGCUAUCAAUAGGCAUAAGACUUGUGAGUUUCACAAUGCUUUAGACAUUUUUCUACGAUGUUCCAUUUUAUUAUAAUAAUUUUGUAUUGUACAUGUAUAUAGGAAGAGGAUAUUCAAUGAAGAAUUUAUAAAAA